CACCGGCGUGCCUCGGCUCAGUUCUUGGCACUCCGAUCAGCAAGCUGUGUGUGAUUGUGAUUUAAUACUUUAAUAAAAGGGAAUAUAUUUGAAAAUGUCGGCGUCUCCAAUUGCAAGGCAAGCGACGCACAGUCAAGCCAUACCUUCGAGGAGAGUCCUCAUUACAGACCCAGCCCAAAUGCCUGAUGUAUACUCUAGCACACCAGGAGGCACCAUUUACUCUACCACGCCUGGAGGCACUCGCAUAGUCUAUGAAAGGUCUUUUAUGAUGUCACUACGACAGUCACCAAUAUCACAGACACCACCCAAGUGUUCUCUACCUGCUGCGCUUUUGAAGAAUCCAUCGAGCGCGCAGCAAUCCCCUGCGACUCCUGCGCAGAAACCACGCUCGAAUUCCAUUUCAUUCGACGAAUCACAGGAGACGUUUAGUAUGGAUCUCUAAUUUGUAUAAGUUAGUACCUACAUAAUUCGUGUCUUUUGAAAUCCAUGAAA